AUGUCGGCGCCAGUUCAAAUCUUUUUGGCCGAAAGGUCUUUAGAAAAGGAGCUGCAGUGUAUCUAUGGCAAAUUGAUCCAGGACGAUGAAGAUUUUCGAGCAACCUAUCUCUAUGUCUUAACUGGACGUGGAGCUUCACCGGUAGAUCACCCUGCUGCCUGGAGAGCGCCGAGAUUACGAUCAGUGAGCUCUCUCAGUGAGUCAACCUCCUCCCACAGAUUUAUAGGCUCAUACAUCGCUCACAACUGUGAUCUCAUCAAUCGGGUUCCAUUUACUCCACCCCGUUUUGAUCUCAUUGAUAUAAGAACGAAUUUACCGAUACCCGCAAUUAACAUGACGAAGUUUAUGUACUUUCGCUACCAUCAUCUGCCCGCCAAAGAACUCAGAGCAGCCUCUCCUCCUCCUAUUGGAAGAAGGCCUUACCACCAAGAUUUUGAGAAUUACAGGAGAUCCAUUGAAAUGUUUGUGAACGAUAUUGAAGAACGAACGAUAGAACGAGCCCGAACAAUCACAUCUAUGAUUGUGCUGGCAAAUAUCAUGAGCGAAGAGUUUAAACGAAGAUGUAGAUCGAUAGCGAAUCACUUCCACUUGGAGACGUUCUUCUACAAUUCCGUGACCGAUGACCAAUUGUACUACGUCUUUACUGAUUUCUGGUCAGCUAUCGACUUUAGGUCCCUUCAAGUCAGCGAUAAGCUUCCACAAUCUCCUACAGAGCAAGAUAAAUGGCGAUUUCAAUUAAGAAGGUUUACCAAAGUGACAUUUGCUUGUUUAGCACGCGAUUACUUCAAAUACUGCUUGCAGGUGACCAGGGUAAAGAAGGGUCAUAAUCGAUAUGAUUCAAAGCAACCGUCAGAACGGGAGGAGAAGUUUAAGGAGGAGAAGGCCACUUACGAACGAUUGUGUCGUAACCUGAGGGACUAUCCCAAUAUAAUUGGGGAAAAUGAAGUUGUCAGAAAUUUGUACAUAGAGACUCUUGCACCUCCCGACCAAAAUACACAGCUCAUUACAGAACCGCCAGGAAUCGAGAUACGAGACGCUCACAUUCCAGGCUUUGGGGAGAUUUUUUUCGAUGUAGAGAAAGAGAGAAAACGCUUCAAUACGGGUUUGCAGAAAGUGGCGCACGAGUGGCGGAAGCCGCCAUCGUUGGUACUUUUGAAAGACGCUCGGGAUUUCCAUGCUACGCGGGAUUUCCUCGUCGACUGCAAUCCACCUAUGUAA